CGGUCGUAUGUGACGUGUGCGCGAGCCUUGGAUCGCCCGAUUCUGGUCCGUCGUUGGCCCGACGUUGGAAUUCGUCGUACCGAAAUUGUUGGUUCUCUCGGUGUGAUCUGCUGAAGUGCUGCAUUUCCUGGUAGGUGUGUUUUUUUUUCUGCUGCUACCGGACGGAAACCUUCCCUCUUUCAGCUUGUGAUGGGCGGAUUCUGUUGGGAUUUCGGGGGAUAAUCUCGGUUCUAAUGUGGAGGAAGCGUUCUUUUUUUUUGUUUGCCCCGUGUGUUGUUCCGUGGUAAACCAUGGCUGUGAGUUGUGGGCCUGGUGACGAAAAGUGCGAAGUGUGCAAGUGAGAAGCGAAGGUGAACGUCAGCGCGUCCGAUGCAAGGUGAAAGGAAGAUGAUUUAACAGCUGGCGAACGGAAAGCAGGAAGUCGUGGGGGAUUAUGUGUCCCGCAUUCGGGAACGGGGGAGUAUAGUCGCUUCGUUGAAGAAAUAAUUGAGUAAAUCGAGUGUGUAUAAUUUGGCCCAGUGGAUUGCGGGGCAAAGGGGAAAGUGUUGCCCAUUAGAUUGCCUGUUGUGUGCUUAUCGGCGUGUGGGAAUCGAUCCUUUUGCUGUCGGAAGGAUUCAAGCAGAGAGCGGACGACGGCAGCGGUUUUGUGUGAAGAGAUCAAUAGAUUGUCUAAUCGCUUCGAGCGUUGGCGGCGUCGGGAGAAAGUAGAAUUGGUAGAAUUAGCGGCUGCCAGUGGAUUCCGAGAAGUGUUUAUAACUUUGCUUGGUGCUUUUGAAUUUCGCUACUACUCGUCGGAUGUUGAGUGUGGGCGAAAGGAUUCCCGUGCCAGGCAACCAUCAAAUAUAGAUUCCGUACGGAACGUGGAUGGAGAGUGCUCACGAAAAUCGAUAGAAGCGAAUCGAAAAGUGAUCAAAUUCAGUUGGUGAUUCUAAACAAUUUUCCUGCUCUCGUGUGUUCAAGAAUUCGUAUCCUUGCUGGUGCUUCAUUCAGUGGUAAGGCUCUUUCAUAACAGUGAGUGAAGAAAGUAACAAAAAAAACCCACAUCCCCUGGUGAGUUAUUUUGAAUCUGAGAGAAGAGGGAGAAGUUUACGGUAAAUUGAAAACCGAAAAAAAUCCAUAUUUGAAUAGAAAAUAAUAGCACUAAACUUGUUUGCUGUGAAAGUGGUGUUUGUUUGUGAGAAGGUGAACGCAAGGAUUUUUCAACCCAUCGCAUCUUUUGAAAGUAGAAUCUAAACCCCCGUUAUAGAGCACCGGCUUAGCAGGAGAGGACAUUUUCAGACAACCUUGUUUUUAAUAUAUGUACGUAAUCAUGCAAAUCCUAAUUCAAGAGGACAGACCGCAUCGAACAAGGUUUGUACCAAUCAAUCGUGUGCCUCUGUAAGGUCUCCCGACAACACGGCAACACGUCCUAUGGAGUGGGGGACAGGAAGUGAGCAAAGCGGUUGGGCCGGGUGCCACUGCCGGGCUUCGAGUACAAGGACCUAGACUAAACGGAACUAACUGAACCGAAGCACAGCCUGCUAACCCACCAGAACAAGCGGCACCCACUCGACGGCUGCUGCAGCAUCAUCAUCAUCAUCUCCGUCGUCGUCGUCGCCCCCGCCACCACCGCUGCCAACACCGAAAGCGAGUGAAAGCCACUGAAGGGUAUGCCGAUACAACAACUACCACCGAUCCGAGCGGGAAACAGCGGCGGAAGGAUACAAAAUUUAUGGAUUCGGCUAACGACAGCUGACAGCGGAGGCAAUAAUUUGUAAAACUUUCCAUCCAGUGGAGACCAGCAGGACCGGACCAGACGCAGUAACGGUGGCACCAUUUGCCAUCGACCAUCAGUACCACAGGACACCGGGCACCGGUCGUCCAGCUUUUCAGUGUGUCCGCGCCAGCAUCCGCCAUUAGAGUGAAAGUGACGAUCCGUGUGACAAUAGAGGAUGUGAGAUCCGAAAUAGAAUACAGAGAAGAAGAAGAACGAGAAGAAGAAAAAUAGCUGUCGCCCCACUGAGAUAAAACUCAGCGACAGCGAAAGCGAGAAACGAGAUAAACUUUUUAAUGGAAACGCCAAGUGCAACUUUAUCGUUCAACUAUGUUUAAUCGCCAAAAUGAUACAGUUCUGCUUAACAGUGCUUCUCCUACUGAUAACAUCGGCCUCCUGUGCUGACUGGAGCGCGAGCUGUCCGACCGGUUGCGUCUGCAAGUGGUCCAGUGGUAAGAAAUCGGCCCUCUGCAACAGCCUAGGGCUCAACUCGAUCCCCACGAAUCUGUCCACCGAGCUGCAGGUGCUGGUACUGAACGACAACAACAUUGCCUAUCUCAACCGAGAGGAAUUCACCAGCCUGGGGCUGGGCAACCUGCAGAAGAUCCACCUGAAGCACUCCCGGGUCAAGUACGUCCACCGGGAGGCGUUCAAGAACCUGAAAAUUCUGAUCGAGGUGGACUUGAGCGAGAAUGAGAUCCAAUCGCUGGACAAGCAAACCUUCGCGGGAAAUAACCGGCUGCGAAUCAUAAACCUGUACAGUAAUCCGUUGAAGCAGCUGGUGGCGGAUCAGUUCCCGGUACUGCCGUACUUGCGGAAUAUCGAUCUGCAUGACUGCCAGCUGAAUAGUGUGGCGGAGACGGCGUUCUCCAACCUGGAGCUACUAGAGUUCCUGGAUUUGACGAGGAAUCAGCUGCAGAGUCUGCCGCACUACGUGUUUAACCACAUGAAGAACUUGAAGACGCUAAUGCUGGAGGAAAACCUCUGGAACUGCGAUUGUCACCUCCGGCAGUUCCGGGGGUGGUACUUGAACAAUUCGCUUAACAAAAGAAGUCUAAGGUGUCACCAACCGUACAGUUUGAAAGACUUGACGUGGGAAUCGCUGGAGACGGAUCAGUUUGGCUGUAUGCCACAGUUGGAGAUCUAUCGGGACGAUGUGGACGAUAUCGAGGAUUUGGGGGCGAACAUCACCUACCGAUGUGUGGCGUUUGGCGAUCCGGAGCCCACGGUGACGUGGGAUCUCAACGGGAAAAUCGUGGAUCAGGAGAAUAUGAUGGUGGAGAGCGAACGGGUGGUGAAGUUCGAUGGCAAUGUAACGAUGUGGAGUAACUUGACGAUACUGAACAUCACAAGUAACGAUUCGGGGUAUUAUACGUGCACUGCCAGUAACAAGAUUGGAUUUGUAACCAAAAAUUUCAGCUUGAUACUGCCGGAAGUGGUGGAAAGAGUUAUUAUCAAAACACCGGAAACAUUCUGGUACUUUGGGCUUAUAUUGGGCAUAUUCGGGACAAUUUUUGGUCUUCUUUCGCUAUCGGUGGUGAUCUGUCUCUGCAAGAGGAAGCUACGGACGCGACGGAGAAAGAAGAAUAUCAAAAGUAGUGUGAGCUUCAAUGACCAGGAGAAGAAACUGCUUGACUUGAGUAUAACGACCAACGAGCGGCAAGAAUUCAGCGCCAGUGAUGUGAUGACUCCGUCGACCAAAACGGACUCCACGAUCGCCAUGGAGCCCGUACAGAUAACAAUCGAGUCAAUAGCCGCGAAGCGGGAGGAAUUUCCACUGAAUGUUGGGGUGUUUCCUCCUCCGCCCGAGUUCUGCUCCCAAAUGGUUCCAAAUCCGGCCUAUGGGAACAUCUUCAUAUCCGUUUCGGUUACACAGGAUGCACUGGACAACCCAGAACUUAAGAUGUACCCCGAUUUGCUGAACAUUCCGAACAGGUCCAAAGGCAAGUUGAUUCCAGUCAAUGUGUCAUCGUACGCAACGCUACCUCGCAAGAAUCGGCCAGCGUUGACGGCGGCAACAGCUCCCUCGAACAGCAGCCAGCCAUCUUCGCUAACUGCGGUACAUCCACAAGCGCUACAGACGCAGCAUCCGAACGCGUCUACCAGUGGCAUGGAAGCGUUGCAGCUGCAGGACACUAUCGUCAAUUACUCCAACAUCGAAGAGUCGUGCGAGAUAACUGGAUUCAGCAGUCCACCGACGGCCAUGUGUCAGGAGUGUAGUAAAAUUAUCAACUCCUCAGCCAAGAUGAACGCCCGGUUCAGUAAAGCCGAGCUGGUAAACAAAUGUGAGAACAGUUUUCCCUGCCUAAAGUACGACAACAUGGGUCGAAGGUACACAGCCAGUGGCAACUCCACGCUCUCACUUCCGGAUGGAGAUCGCCAGAUCGAACAGGAGAGUAUCUUCAUCAAGCAGGAAAUCGAACCGAUCAAGGAAAUCCCUACGCCACCCCUACAACCAGCGACCCCAACCGGUCCCAGUCCCAAUACACCGGGUCCUUCAUCCAUCAGCACGGCUGCCGUGUUUGUUACAGGAAAUGAUUUCGUCUCACUGUAGUAUCCCUUCCGCCAUCACACGAUAGUACAAACUUCAGCAUGCCCUCUCGGACCCUUCUCGAACGAUGACGUACGUAUCGGUAGAUGAUCUCUUGCAAACAUCUGGAAGAGUCACCGCAACUCAAGAACCGAACAAAAACGAACCACAAAGUGUGAUACAGAAUUAAAUAGUUAAGAUUAACAUAGAAACAAAACACGAAAUGGAAACAGAAUAGGGACUGCUUCAUUUCGCCCCCAACAGUAACUCACACACACACAGAGACAGUCUCGAAGGUAGUAGAACAAUGAACAUACAACAAAAUGUAGACCGAAAGCCUACGUCACAAGUUAAAAGUCAAACGAAACUUCUGAAAACUAUAGCCUAAUCAAACUGCUUAUACAAACACGGGAAAAUCAAAACAGUCAAUCAAAAAACAGACACGAGUUUAAAGUAAAUAGUUCAAAUAACUAACUAGGACACUUAUAUCAUCUGCACACAUUAGUUACCACAAAACUGUAAAUAUGGAAACGUUCGCCAACCCGCGCGCGUGCAUCCAUCGAUGAUGAGAGGAGAGUAACUUCGGAAACCCCAUCAUCAAACCUCCGUCAAUUACCAGUGCGAUCAACUUUGGCCAUGUAGGUAAUGGGAAAUCUUUCCAAUACGAUACAAAACGACAUUUCACUAACUCAAUUCAGGCGGAGCCAAAGUUCAUCAUGCAUUUGGUGCUGCAAGCGCAAGGAUACACUCAUCAAAAAAUCUAUGUUUGCCCAUUACGGGCUAUGCAAAUAGAGAACUACGAUGUGUAUGUAUGCUCGAUCGGCCCAAAUUUAUCUUAUCUUAUCGGGGACCCUUUCAUCAUAGUUGGUUCUUCGUGCGGGGAGUGAUGGCGAACCAGGAUUCCCUCAGACGGCAACCCUAUUGGUAUGUUUAGUUUUACCGCAAAACUUAUACGUCCCAAACUUACAUACUCUCACAUCGAGAAACUCGUGCUGGUGCGCGGACGGAGUUGUUCGUAUCGCUGGGGUAAUGAAACUAAUGGAGGGUUCACACACAACGGUACUUGAAAAUGUUUCGGUGGGUGGCUGAUUGGCGGGCAAAAGACAUACAUACAUUUUCUACAGGAGUAAAAUAAUAUUUGGUUCAAGUUACAUGAAAAAUACUUUGAGGCGUUGAAUAGAACGUGAUAGCGACUACCGCUUAACCGCGUGAAGUGUUAUAAUAUGUCCGUGGUCGUUUUUUCUUUCUCAAAUAAACAACGUUCGAAACUGCCGGAAGAGUCAGUUACGUGAAGAUGGAUUUUGUUCAGCCCCCAGAAAUAUGUGGAUGUUCACCGAUGCAGUCAUGCUGAGUUCAUUAGAUUGUGGCACAUCUUUCUACGAUCUAAAAGCACGGUUUUAUCAAUCCACUGAUUCCUUUAGACCUCAUCCUACACUCAUCCACGCUUGGUCGCCGAUUAUGUCUUAUCGUACAUUUCAGUACCUUUUGAGUAGCCUGUCAUGGUUGCAAUUGUGGAUGCGUCGACAUUCAAAGCAUCCCCAAUGAUGCUCUCGUAGAGUACGUACUCUUGAGUCAUCAUUCUAAGGAUACUGUCAUAUGAAGUGUUCUAUCCCUGAACCCCUGACCAGCGACGUAGUGAGGGUAGACAGCGCUCCCGGCGAACUAUGAGAAUGGCGUCCCAAAAAAAACCACUUUAUUUGAUUUUUUCACUAACUUUGAGUUUCUGAUAUUUUGAGAAAGCUUCUCACUUAUACCAAAGUUCACUUUGAGCAGUUUAUCCGUAUUUAGAAGGUUAGGAAAAAUCAUUACCAGCUUCGCUUAUUCUCUAGUCAAAUAUUUGCCUUGCGUAGAAUCACAUUGAGAACCCGACGUGGUUGGGAGGAAAGAUUGCAAAAUUCCUCAAUUUUCCAAAAUCGACUGUAAAUACCGUACUCAAACAUUACCGGGAGACGUCGAACACCGAUGAAAACCUAAAGAGAGUGAAUGAAAUGGUGCUUGAAAAUCGUCAUACCAGCUUAAGAGAGAUGUCUAGUGAAUUUGGCAUUGCAUAUGAAACGGUGCAGCAUAUUGUUUUGGGUGAGACGCGUGGUAGCCUAGCUUGUUCCGAAGGAACUAAAUUUCGUGCAAGAACACCAACAACAGACAGUUGCUGAAGAGAUGAUUUCUGAAGCCUUAAGAGAUCCAACCUUCGUGAAACGGAUAACUACGGGCGACGAGAUAUGGGCCUAUGAAUUGGACAUAGAAACAAAGCAAGAAUCGUCCGAGCAGCGUUUCGAAGACGAGAAAAAACCGCGUCAAAUCCACUCAAAAGUGAAGGUGAUGCUGAGUGUUUUCUUCGAUUGUCAACGCGUAGUGCACUAUGACAGUCAACAAAGAAUAUUAUUUAUCCGUUUUGAAGCGUUAGAGAGAUGUUGUAUGUUGCAAACGACCAGAAAUGUGGGCCGACAAUUCUUGGAUUUUGCAUGAUGGUAACACGCCAUCGCACCGAGCCAGAAUUGUACUGAAUUAUCUGACCAAACAUCAAGUAAAAACCACCGAGUAAGCCUGAUGGCCCCGUGCGACUUUUUUUUUGUUUCCCUAGUUGAUGUUGCCACUUCGUGGAAAAAGAUUUCAGUCGAUCGAUGAGAUCGAAGAGAAUGUGACGAGGGAACUAAAAGCCAUCCUUUCGUUGGCCUACCAGGGAUGCAUGGAGGACUGGGUCAAGCGUUGACACAUGUGUGUUGCUUCAGAUGAAUUGUGUUUUGAAAGAGAUCAAGUAAAUUUGCUUGAAAUUCAACUCUAUUUUGUUUCAAAGGGCGAACACGGGGGUCUCCGUAGCCACAUUGGUUGCGCGUUCGCUUAGUAAGCGAUCGAUCGUGAGUUCAAAACUCAGGGCCCUUAUUGACCAUCUUUAUGUUGUUACAGAAUAGCUACGUCCACGCAACAAAAUAAGAUCGAUUCAUCCAUACAACUGCUCUGCUCUGCCAGACACAUCGGGCUACUGUUCUAUAAAUAACUCAACAAUGAUCAAACAACUGUCUCCGCUGUCCGGUGGUCCAACUGGAUAAUGGAAGAACAGAAAGAAUACCCUUACACCUAAAUGGCUACUGUGUGAAUGUACCAUAUGUAAUGGUAUAGAAGGAAUACUGGCGAAUGGCAACUGUGUAAUGUGCUAAUUAUAGAUAUGAUAACCAUGUGACAUGUACACGAUUAAAAUUCGGCUCUGUUACAGCUAAAAUGCUAAUGAGCCUUAAAUAAAUAAAUGGGAUAAAAAAAAAGGGCGAACACGAAAUUAUUGCGGGCAUAACUUUUUUACCUUUGGGUAAAAAUCAACCAAAUUUUGCACACAUAUUGUCUACAUGCUGUCAAACUCGAAGUCGUGUUUUUCGAUUCAACGAAAAUGGAGGUGAACCAACGCGAGUCGAGAGAACAAAUUCUUUCCAAACACCUGGAAUUUCCUGACCUGUCGCACCGGCAGUUGGGAAAAAUGUUGAACAUUCACUAUUCAACCGUCUCCAGAGUGUUGAAGCGGUUCCAGGAGCGGUUGACGUUGGACCACGGCAAAGGAGCUGGAAGAAAACCGGGACCGGAGAACAAAAAGACGGAGGGAAAGGUGAAGCGGAUGAUUAAAGCAAAUUCCAACGUCUCAAGCCGUGAUUUGGCUAAAAAGAUCGGCAUGUCGCAGAGCUACGUCCAGAAUGCAAAGAAGAGAGCCGGACUACAUACAUACAAGGUACAGAACUUCCCAAACCGCAAUGAGCGGCAACAAUCGACGGCUAAAACUCGGGCACGGAAGCUCUACGAGAAGAUGCUGACAAAAUAUGGCUGCUGUGUGAUGGACGACGAAACGUAUAUAAAAGCCGAUUUUAAGCAAAUUCCGGGGUUGGAGUUUUUCACCGGCAAGAGCAAGUUCGAUGUGGACGACAAAUUCAAGAAGAAGAAAAUGUCGAAGUUCGCCUCCAAAUAUCUCGUUUGGCAGGCCAUCUGCUCUUGCGGACUGAGGAGUGAGCCUUUCGUGACAAAGGGCACAGUAAUUGGCGAGAUCUACAAAUCUGAGUGCCUCGAGAAGCGCCUUUUGCCGUUCUUGCAGCAGCACGACGAAGCUCCGCUAUUUUGGCCAGAUUUGACAUCAUGCCACUAUUAUAAAAGUGUCCUGGAGUGGUAUGAGGCCAAUUAUGUCCAUUUUGUUCCAAAGGACAUGAACCCGCCAAACUGUCCGGAGCUGCGCCCGGUGGAGCAGUACUGGGCAAUAAUGAAGCGGGAACUUCGGAAGAGCAAGACGACAGUCAAAGAAGAGAAGGACAUGUUGAGAAACUGGUACCGGAUGACACUGUAAAGACUUUGAUGGAGGGCAUCAAGCGAAAAUGCGUUCAAUUUUACACUCAAGGCUCCAUCGAUUAACUUUUCUUUUGAUUUUUGAAGUAAAUAUAUGUAAAAAAAACUACCCUAAAAUUUUGGUUUGAUUCUAAACAUUAUAAGAAAAUUGGCAUGACAUUUUCGGUGUCGCAAUAAUUUCGUGUUCGCCCUUUAUUUAGAAAAUCCCGGUACAUUUGAUCAUGGGUACGUAAAAAUGGAUUUUUAGAAAAAUACUCGGUAACAAAUUUUACCUUGUCAAGCGUAGGGUAGGUUCAAAUUUGUUUACGCUGUGUACGUUUACGCCCGUAAGUUGAUGAUUUGGCAAGGGAUCUGUAGGUAGUUGUGGAACGACGACAAUGAUUGUCAUCACUGGGGCAACAAUUACAAGGAGGAGUGUCUUCAGAACAGGAUUUUGCCAUUCAUUCUAUCACACUAUGGUCCAGUGAAGUUCUGGCCUGACUUGACAAGGUGCCAUUACAGCCGGGAUUGUAUCAAGUGAUAUAAGGAGAACAAAAUCGAUUUCAUUGAAAAAACUAUCAAUCCAUCAAAUUGUUCGGAUUUUCGAGAGAUAUUGGACAAUAUCAAAGGUAAAUUGAAGAAAUGUGGCCGAACCAUCAAAAAUACAAUUCAAAUGCACCACUUUUCCACGUUAAUGUGCGGACAGAAGCAACCACUCAUGAUGGGUGUUUUUUCCUCAAUUGAACGAUGAAAUAUAUUUGUAGGAAAAAAAGAUAUUCAAAAUUCCUGGAUUUUGGCGCCCCGGCAAAUGCCGGGUUUUCCGCCCGCACACUACGCCACUGCCCCUGACUACUGUAUUCAAUUCCUAGCUCUCGACCGGUUACCUCCCGCCGUUGUGGAAAAUUUCGCACAUUACUCUAAUCCAAGGGUUUUCAUAUGGUGUUCCGCGGGAAAUUUGUGCUCCGCGAAGUUAUAGCAAAUGCUUCCAAUUUAAAACCCUCCUUGAGAAAAACAUUCUUCAAUUUAAUUUCACUGGGCAUAUAGUAAUUUAUCUCGUUCACUCCGGGUCAGAUGUCAUGUAACUGGGAUGCGUACCCAAAAUAGAGUUGUUUCCUGUUGGGUAAUGGCAAUGCAAAUACGAUUUGUUCUAUUGAUUAAAAAAUGCAGGUGCUCCGUCAAUUUUUUUGCUAUAAAAAGUGCUCUGCCAUGAAAAAAAUCUGUAAACCCCUGCUGUAAUUCAUAAGAUGGGCCCACGCUCAGAUGCCGAAAACUACCGGGGCGUUGCAAACCAGUCUGCGAUGCCAAAAUUGCUUGUUUACUCCCACCUUUACGAACGGAUUAUUGAUCAUGUUUUAACAACACAGUAUGGGUCAGUUGUGACGAACCUAUGCGAAUUGUGCUGUACCGUCACAGAUUAUACAUCCAAAGGGUAUCAGGUGGACUGUAUUCAUACAGACAUGAGCAAGGCCAUCGAUGUGGUAGAAGUAGAUAGUAUAAUGGGCGCGGUGCUUGAUUUCGGCAUUGACGUUGAAAUGUUCGAAUGGAUUAGGACGUAUUUGGAGGGCAGAACAGAGUAUGUGCAAGUGCACAAAAAUGCGUCUAAGUCCUUUGGUGUUAAUUCAGGAGUUCCGCAAGGUAGUCAUUUGGGGUCUAUUCUGUUUGUCAUGGUCAUGAAUAAGUUAUCGUCAUGUUUGACCAACGCAAAAGUGCUUAUAUACGUGGAUGAUGUGAAGAUUUUCCUGCCCGACACAUCGAUCGGCUUCAGCAUGAUUUGAUCAGAAUCGUCGAGAGCAACGAACUAAGUGUAAACCCCAGCAAAAGUUCCGUUAUUAAUUAUACCCAGAGUUGUCAAUAAUAUUUUACAAAGAGUGGAAGAUUGCUCCUAAAAAAACUGGAAUAAAACUGGAUCCUGUAAAACCGUUUUAUUUUGAGAAGAUAGGCUUUCAUUUAUCUUAAAUGAUUUUUUUUACUCAUUCUUAUUGAGAAAAAGAAUUUCUUUCGAAGCUUCGUGUAGUUAAGGUAACAACUACAUCAGUACGUAGAUUAGUUAACCCUCAGUCAUCUGUAAUCUUUCUGUAUUUUAGAUACUGAAUAACAAAAGUGCUACGAAUUUUGUUUUGUAAGGCACCCAGAUUCUAUAUUUCCCAAUCAUACGGUGUUAAAUGGCCCAGCAGAAGUACAAUAUGCUCAUAAGCUGUUUCUCUCAGAGACUAAAGCUCAGAGAAACAGCUUGUAUGAAUGAGAGAUUCCAUCAAUCUAUUCACGUCAUGACCACCAGCGAAGAGAAGAAACCGUUUCUCCGGUGAGCGUGUUCUCCCAGUGUAUUAAUUCUCCAGUCCGCGCUCUUUUUUCCUACAUGCUCUGAGCACAUAAUAUAGAUGCCAGAUGUGAAGACAUACUUUCGUUUCGAAGACAUUUAAUUUUGUGAAAACAUACUGAGAUCAUUUCAAAGUAUGUGAAAACAAUUGGUUGUGUGAUUUAUCGAACAUGAUUUAGAAAUAUCGUGAUGGGUUGCUUAUUUUUGUUCAUUAAGAUUACAUUUGAAGACAUUUGAUGGUGUCAUGCAGAGAUAUUUGAAAAAAUCAUCUGGCAUCCCUCACAUACAAGCUAUUUCUCUCGUGAGAAUGUUAUCCAGCCGAAAGUGAGCAAAUUGCCCCGAUCGAGGGUAUGCCAUACUGCCCGAUGGUAAGCUGAUGCGGAAAAUAACAAAUUGAGAAGGAAAUGAAUCCUUUCUUAACAUUUCCUUCAUCUGAGACAUCCACUGGGAACUCGACUCAAUAAAUAUGACUCGCUGUUAUCGGCUCUGAGUCGGUUUUAAGCAACAAAAACCUUAUAGAAAUGAUGUAGAAAAUUAAAUCGAAAAUCGCUUCCAACGAUUUUUUUUUCUUAUUUUGCUUUAAUGUUACAAAUGUAAAACUUGCAGGACAGAGUUGGCCCAUGAUUUAAGCCCCAUCUUGGACAUUGCUCACAUUUUUUUAGGUCGCUGCCUAUUUUUCGUUCCGUAGCUUAAGGAUGUAUGAGGUCCUUUUGUUUUCGCAAUUGUCAAUUGUCAAACCCAGAGCAUUCUCCACAUAUUUUUGGAUCUCGAACGGUUUUUGGGAAUUGUAUUCGAUACCAGUGUCUUAGACUAUCAACAAAUAUUCACGAGUAACGAAUAUGAUUUUAUUAGGCUGUCAAAAAAGUCCUGCGGUAUUUUUUUUUGAAUUUUCAUUUGUUCUUAAAAUUAGUUACAAUCAUCUGUUUUAAGUCGAAUAUGCGCCGUUUUGUGCGAUGACUUGUUCCCAACAAGAUGCCAACUGUUCUAGAAGCUCGCUUCCUUAUUGGCAAAAAACUCGGAUAGCCAAUUUUCACAGGCCUCUUUUGUGGCUAACUUCUGACUACCUAGCUCGUUCGCCAUGGACAAAAACAGGCGGUAGUCACUUGGUGCAAGGUCCGGACUAUACGGCGGAUGCAAAAGAACCUCCCAUCCGAGCUCCCGGAGCUUCUGGCGCGUCACCAAAGAAGUGUGUGGCCUGGCGUUGUCCUGAUGGAAGACAAUGCGGCCACUGUUUAUCAAAGAUGGCCUCUUCUUCAUAAGUGCUACCUUCAAGCGGUCCAGUUGUUGGCAGUACAGGUCCAAAUUGAGCGUUUGGCCAUAGGGAAGCAGCUUAUAAUAGAUUAUUCCUUGACAAUCCCACCAAACACACAGCAGAACCUUCCUGGCCGUUAAUGAGGGCUUGGCCACCGUCUGAGCCGCUUCAGCGGGCUUCGACCACGACCGUUUGCGCUUCACGUUGUCGUAAGUGACCCACUUUUCAUCGCCAGUCACCAUCCGCUUCAGAAACGGGUCGAUUUUGUUGCGAUUCAGCAGCGAUUCACAUGGGUCGAUACGGUCAAAGAUGUUUUUUUGUGUCAACGUGUGUGGCACCAAUACAUCGAGCUUCUUUGUGAAUCCAAGCUUCUUCAAAUGGAUAAUAACGGUUCGAUGACUUAUCCCCAGCUCUUGGCCGAUGCUACGGCUGCUACUAUGCCGGUCUUUCUCGGCUAAUUCAGCGAUUUUGUCGCAAUUUUCAACGACAGGCCUUCCGGAGCGUGGCGCAUCUUCGACGACCUCUACACCAGAACGAAAACGUUGAAACCAUCGUUGUGCGGUGGAAAUGGAAACUGUAUCGAGUCCAUAAACUGCAAAAAUUUUAUUGGCAGCUUGAGAUGCAUUUUUGCCUUUCUCUAUAGCGGCUCACUUUUUCUCUUUCUCUAUAGCGGCUCACUAGCGUUUUAGCUGUAACAGAGCCGAAUUUUAAUCGUGUACAUGUCACAUGUUUAUCACAUAUAUAAUUAGCACAUUUACACAGUUGCCAUUUUUCGGCGUUAGAAUAUUCCCUUCUAUACAAUUGCAUAUGGUACACAUUUUUACACAGUAGCCAUUUAGGCGUAAGAGUUUUCUAUCUGUUCUUCCAUUAUCCAGUUAGACCGGACAGCGGAGACAGUUGAUUGAUCAUUGUUGAGUUAUUUAUAGAACAGCAGCCCGAUGUGUCUUGCAGAGCAGAACAGUUGUAUGGAUAAAUCGAUCUUAUUUCGACCGUGGAUCGAUUUCCAUCGCUUAUGAUUGUUGCGUGGACGUAGCUAUUCUGUAACAACAAAAAGAUGGUCAAUGAGGGUCCUGAGUUUUGAACUCACGAUCGAUCGCUUACUAAGCGAACGCGCAACCAAUGUGGCUACGGAGACCCUCAUUUUUGCCUUUGUCAUAGUAGUACUGUAAAAUAUGUCGGAUUUUCUCUUUAUUUUGCUCCAUAUUUGCGACACUAUAACUCACGAACGACUUAACCAAACAAAACACUGUCAAGGACUAUAUUAUAAAUACCUUUCCAACAAGCUAUAGUAUGACUCGAUACAAUGAAUACAACUAGAACUACGCGCUUACAACGACACCUCGCGGAAAUACCGCAGGACUUUUUUGACAGCCUAAUAUUUCAGUGUAAAUGACUUUUUUUCAGCUUCAAACACACUGCCUUUAUUAUAUUGAUAGCGGCCCGUCCCAUGUUUUCCCAAGUUUCCCGCAUACUCAUUGAAACAAAUGAGCCCUGGUGUUUGGUUUGUUCAAAUUGAUUAUUCAAUCUUUCCACUUAAGGUGAAGGUGGAAGCUAGCCAUUGUAGUAGUAUAGGUAAAACCACGUGUAAAAAUGGGGUAAUAGUGUUUGUGAGAGAAGAGCAAAGCACAUGUAAAUAGAUCAAUUCACUUAUCAGUGGCGCUUCAUUGACACGAGUCUUUGAAUACAUUUGAAAAAAAAUAACAAUUCAAUACUGAAGUUAAAUGUAUGAACGAUAUGUUCCGAUGAACGAUUGCAAACAUAAAUAUAUAUGGAAGGUGCAUUUGAAUAUGAAGUAAAAUUCUGAUUAUACGCGAGCGUAACAUGAGCAAAUUUAUAACACAUGCGAAUUGGGGCUCUUUUGAUAUUAACAAGUUCUUCCGCAUAGUAUCGAUGCUGAUAAUUCCUCAAUUUUUUUCCUUCGUUGGUCGUAUUGUUUUCACAUAUUCACGUUGGAGAGCCUUAACCCUUCUCUUCGUUGGCCGAGACAUUUAGAUUGAAUGUAAUAAUUUUCCGUUUAUUGUUUUUGAAAGCAUAGGGAGCCGUGGCAGUGUUCCGAGUUCUGCAAUACAAUUUUCUUACCCUAUGUUAAAGUUGCUAAAACUAACAUAAUAUACCCAUUAAACGUAAAAAUAAUGAUUGUUGAUAUCAACACAAUUUUAUUCUAUUGAUUUUCAUAACAUGAAACGCUUUAACUCAGGAAUAACAUUUUAUUGAGUGGUUUUGAUAGCUGUUUCGAUGAUGUUGUCUGGCAUCAGUAACGAAAAAAUAACGAUGCUUUCACCAAUAAAAAUAAAACCAUUGCCGAAGAUUGAAAAAUGAAAAUUUAACUUUCAGAGCACUUGCUCGAGUUUUCCGACGUUUUUCACUAUACAGUGCGACAGCAGGUGAAAAUUUAAUAUCUUGUGAGUAAUCGAUUAGAGUUUGGUUGAUAUUACUUCAUGGGAAAUGUGCGAAAACGAUCAUUUUCUUCACACUGUUUCGCAAAAUUAUUGAUUUUCUGGCGAGGGGUGAGGGAGGGAGAUGAAAGAAAUGAGCGCCAUUGUGGCAGCCAUUUGUGGCUAGCUUCCACCUUCACCUUAAACGCGCUGGAAAAGGGAGUUGUAUGUAUGUAGUGUGUAUGCAUGUCUUCUAUCUCUCUGUCUCUCUUUUCUCUCUCAGAAAAUUUUAAAAUUACCUUUUAGCCUCGAGGAAGCCUGUUGACUGACUGGCUAGAGCGAGAAUAGAAUUUAAAUUUUCUUCUUACUAUUUAGGUUUGAAACACCAAAGUUCAUUUUCCUCUUACCUUGAAAAGUCCACUGAGGAUAGCAAAACUAACUCUCUCGUAACCUUUGAAAGAACGAUUUUUAAAGUUAUUUAAUGGCAUAUUCAUUCUACAGUUUUGCAUUUUUAUUAUUAUUUGUAGGACAACCUAUUUAAGUAGCAUUGUGAGAAACAUAUCAGCCAUUCCUCCAUCAAGGGGGGACCCCGAUCUGGAAAAUCGAAAAAAUCGAAUUUUUGUUUUUUGCAUUUUUGAGUACUUAUGCCCUAGGAAAUGUUAUCCCAAAAGUAUUUUUCGUAAAAAUGGAUUAUCUGAAGCGUUACAUAACCGUUUUUCAUGUUCCUUUAUUCCAUUUUUUUUGAGCUUUUAAACAACGAUUUUUCAUGUAAAAUAACUUAUUUUUAAAAAAGACCGCCAUUUUGGAAUUUUUUUCGAAUUUUCAAAAACUAUGCAACGCCUCAAGUAUUGCCUUAAAGCUUCAAAAUAUUCAUUGGAAUUUGUUCUACGACACCCCGUUGCUUCUGUACUACGGAUCCAGCUGUCAACAGUGUUAUAAUUAUUAUUCGUGCAUUAAAAAAAUGGAAAAUACUACUUCAUAUAAACCUUAAACAAUAACCAAAAUACCCGAACACAGAAGUGUAUAUAAUAUUGCCAUGCCUGGAAAGCAUCUAAUUAUUUGUUAAUUUGUGUUGUGUUAUUUGUAGUACCGUAAACCGGGGGCAAAUUGAUCACGAUUUUCAGAAAAAUGUAAAUAUUUCCGAAUUUUUUUGUUAGAUUUAAACCUAAUUAUUUUUUAAAUCAGUACUGGUGCUAAGGCCACAAAACGUUAUGGAAUUUGUUGAAAAAAAUCCUUGAGCGUUAAUUUGGAAAAUUUUUAGCAGAAAAUUUCAAAAUUUUACUUCGGGGUGAAAUUGAUAAAUCUAUGUUUUUCAGGAUUUUCUAGUGUCAUACGCACAAAAAUGUAUACAAAAUCUAUUAUUUCUUCACCUACGGUCAUUUGAAUGGGAUUUGAACACUGAUCUGUAGGUCAUCCGGAGACCAUUCCGGUUAUCCUAAUGUGAAAUCCUUGAAAUUGUCACCAAUAAGCUAGUUUUGCCAAACCAAGAUGUUCGAUAUGUCGAAUGAUGGGAUUCGGUUCUGGUCAUGCGUCGUGCUGUUUUUGUAAAAUAGUAUGUUUUUUACUUGUUUGAAUAGUAAUUACAAGUAUUUGAAUGCUUAUUCAACUCAUCAAGUAUCGGCUAGAAGUGGAUUAAUAUGUUUAGCGUCUAUAAAUAUUGUUUUGAUUUGUUGAAAAUAUGUUUCUUUACCAUAGUUGAAAAUGAAAACGAAAAUGCUAUUUAGAAAAAUAUUGUUUUUUAUGCAAUUUAAUAAGGGAUUCGUUGAGAGCCAUUGGCAAAAAGAACCUUCAGAUGAUGCUUGAACAGAUCAAAAAAUUUUAAAAUUAAAUUAAACUAAAUUGAUCUGAAAAUUUAUGUUUGUUUUCAUCAAUACGUUUGAUCAAUUUGCCCCCGGAUGACGGUACCGUGUUCUUUGUAGCACCGGGGUGAGAUUGGAUCAAAUCGAAAGAAAUUGCAGUUAGUGAUAUCUAGACAAGUAUUGCAAAUAUUUUUGAAAGCUGUGAACCGUUUAGGAGGAGAUAUAUUUUCACUACUUCCAGUGCAUAAUACUUUACUGUAAUACAAAUAGUUAUUGUUUAGUAAUUUAUCAAAAUUUGAUGUAUUUACAAAUCAAGCUUAGACCUAUUCUCAUCCCCAUCGACGGUACUUUAGCGAAUUAAUCUAAUCCGGCGAACAAAACAGUAGAAAACUA